CAUCAUAGAUUAUACACUUGGUUGCAAUUUGCAAACUUUUCAUAGUUAAAUAUUUAAUUGAAAAUAAUAUUUAAAUCUUGAACUUUGUUAUAUUUCACUUUUCAAGAUGGGUAAACUCGACGUAGCUAUAUUACGUUACUUAACGGGUGAAGACUUUCGAGUUCUAACUGCAGUAGAAAUGGGCAUGAAGAAUCAUGAGUUGGUUCCUGGAUCGCUUGUUGCAUCCAUAGCAAAUUUGAGACAUGGUGGCGUUCACAAACUAAUGAAAGAACUAUGUAAACAUAGAUUACUAACUUAUGAACGAGGAAAGCAGUAUGAUGGUUAUAGACUCACAAAUGCUGGCUAUGACUAUCUAGCACUGAAAGCAUUGGCCAACAGGAAAGUGAUAUCGUCAUUUGGAAAUCAAAUUGGUGUUGGUAAAGAGUCUAACAUCUACAUUGUAGCUGAUGAAGAUCACAAUCCGCUCUGUUUGAAACUUCAUAGAUUAGGAAGGACAUGUUUCCGAAACAUUAAAGACAAGCGUGAUUACCAUGCACACAGAAAUCGAGCUUCAUGGUUGUAUUUGUCUAGAAUAUCAGCUACGAAGGAAUUCGCAUACAUGAAGGCUCUAUAUGAUCGAGGAUUUCCAGUACCAAAACCAAUAGACUUCAAUAGACAUUGUGUUAUAAUGGAGCUUGUGCGUGGAGGACCUCUGACUCAUGUGACUUCAGUGGCUGACCCAGAAGCCCUAUAUGAUGAACUUAUGAACCUGAUUGUCCGACUCGGUAACUGUGGUGUAAUCCAUGGAGAUUUCAAUGAGUUUAACAUCAUGAUUGAUGAGGAUAACCAUCCUGUUAUCAUUGAUUUCCCACAGAUGGUGUCCACAUCUCACCCUAAUGCUGAAGUGUACUUCGAGCGCGACGUCCGGUGCGUGCGCGAGUUCUUCAAGCGCCGGUUCGGGUUCGAGAGCUCGCUGUACCCGGCGCUGCGGGACCUGCGCCGCGCCGAGCGCCUGGACGCCGCCGUGGCCUGCUCGGGGUACCGCCGCGCCGAGGACCUGGACGACCGGCUCAUGCGGGAAAUGGGUAUUGGUCUGGAAGAGAGCGACGACGAUGAGUCGGACGAGGAGUUUGCAGACGCGGUAGACGAGAGGAGCCCCGCCUAUACUGACGAGGAACUAGCGGCCCUCAGGCAGCAGGUGGACAUUUCAAUACAGAACGACAAACGCAACGACGCCGUCGACAACCUUACUACAAAGACCGUCACGCUCCAUAUUACGGAAGAGAACAAAUCCGAAGCAGAAGAAGUACCGACUCUCGUUAAAGCAGAGGAGGAGGCUGAAGAAGUCACGUGUACAGAAGACACUGAUAAAGUAGGAGAAUUGAAUAAGAACUCGCAGAAGUAUCGACUGGCGAUGAUUGAGAAGGCGUUGUCCGAUGUGAGGUCGAUGAGGUCCGACACGUCCGCCAGCACCAUAGCCCCGGCUGUCGUCAAACUGCAGGUGAAGAAGAAUCUGGAACAGCGACAAAAGAAGAUGGAGAGGAAGAAGGCCGUAGCAAAGGGAGAAGCCAGCGCCGUCACCAGGAGCAGGAGGGACAACUCCGAGACCAUCAGGGAGAGCCACGGCUUGUGGGGCUGGGACGAAUAGAUAUUGUUGUGUAUUUUUGUUAAUAAAUCAUUAUAAUCAAUA